AUGAGUGCCGAAUUUGAGAGAGCCAGAACAGCCCUCGUCUUGUACGGCUCUGAGACGGGAAACGCACAGGAGGUGGCCGAGGAAUUGGGUCGCACCGCAGAACGGCUGCGAUUCGUGACGCAUGUCGGAGAAUGCAACAGCGUCAAGGCAGACUCAUUGACCUCGUAUUCGCUUGUGAUUUUCGUAGUAUCAACUACUGGUCAAGGCGAUUUCCCGCUCAAUGGACGUGCGUUUUGGAGAACCCUCCUGCUGAAAAGACUCCCAGCAACUUUUCUCAACGGCGUUCAAUAUACGCAAUUCGGACUGGGCGAUAGCUCUUAUCCAAAGUUCAAUUGGGCUUCGCGUAAACUUCGUAGGCGCCUUGCUCAGCUCGGUGCCGCUGAGAUUUAUCCAUGCGGAGAAGCCGACGAACAACAUCCCGAAGGGCUUGAGGGAACCUUUUUGCCUUGGGCUACCAAUCUGCGUAGGCAUCUGUUGGAGCAAUACCCCCUUCCAGCAGGCUUGCAACCUAUACCAGACGACGUCCAGCUUCCACCAAAAUGGAUUCUGGAAGAGACGGCAGCGAUCCCCGCGUCUUUCACACAACAAAAUAAACAAGAGCGGGAUUUGUUAGUGGCAGAAGAUAGCGAGCCGCAUUUAUAUCGCCUUGAUUCUGAUGAAAGGCCUAUCCCGGAUGCAAUAAUAUCGACUCUGACACAGAAUAAACGAGUAACCCCUAAAGGGCACUGGCAGGAUGUCCGGCAUAUCUGUUUGACCACCUCUGAGACCGUACCAUAUUCACCCGGUGAUAUGAUAUCGAUUACACCGAAGAAUUUCUCUGUGGAUGUCGAUGAAAUAUUGACAUUAAUGAACUGGACCGACGUUGCUGACAAGCCAGUCUUGUUUGUCCCCGGUGUCUUACUACGAGAUAAGGCCGGAGACGAACUUCCUUCACCUCCUAUUCCAUAUCUUGUCACAUCCGAGUCUUCACCCACAACUCUUCGCACCCUUCUCACUGAAUACCUCGACAUCCGUGCUAUUCCACGGCGCUCGUUCUUUGCCAAUAUUGCCCACUAUACGUCCGAUGAGCAGCACAAAGAACGACUGCUCGAAUUUACUAAUCCGGAAUUUAUCGACGAACUUUGGGAUUACACCACGCGUCCACGUCGAAGCAUUCUGGAGGUGCUACAUGACUUUGAUACUGUGAAGAUUCCCUGGCAACAUGCCGCGUCUGUUCUUCCGGUAAUUCGCGGCCGACAGUUCAGCAUCGCUAGUGGUGGCGAACUCAAACGCAUCCCAAACCAGACCAAUGGAACGAAGUUUGAACUUCUCAUUGCAAUUGUCAAGUAUAAAACUAUUCUCAAGAAAAUCCGAGAAGGCGUCUGCACUCGCUAUCUCUCAGUCUUAAGACCGGGGAGCACUUUGAAAGUGCAGCUGCAGCGUGGAGGGCUCAAUCCGACAUUAAAGCAACUCGUGGGCCCUUCGGUUAUGGUUGGACCGGGUACCGGCCUAGCACCCCUACGAGCGAUGGUUUGGGAAAAGGCAGCACUAAUAAAAGCUUCUCGCGAGGCCCAAGUAGAGAAUCCCUUGCCCGUCAUUGGCCAGACUCUGUUACUCUUCGGUGGCCGAAAUCGUGCCGCUGAUUACUUCUUUGAGAGCGAAUGGGAACACUUUGAGAAAGAAGGACUGUUAGAUCUCCGAGUGUUGACGGCCUUCUCACGCGACCAGCAACAGAAAGUAUAUGUACAGGACCGGAUACGAGAACAUGCCGACGUGAUUUUUAAAUCGUUACAUGAAGAGGCCGGGUCCGUUUUCAUUUGUGGAUCAUCCGGGCGAAUGCCGCAGGCAGUCCGUGAGGCACUAAUUGAAUGCUUUCAAAAUCCAAACGCAUCUGCGACUGCCACAGAUGCUUACACUCGUGAACAAGCCGAGCACUUUCUUUUGGAAAUGGAAAAAACCGGGAGCUAUAAACAGGAGACCUGGUGA